AUGGCGGAGGCACUCGCUAUCAUCGGACUGGCGUCCGCCAUUGUCCAGUUCGUCGACUUUGGAGCCAGAGUGAUGCACCAGCUGCACAAAUUACAAGAUGAAGUCUCCAACGGACCGCAAGCGUACCAGGAUAUUCGAACUCGCUUGCCAUUAAUGCUGGAUCUCGUGAAGAAGAUUCGACUCCAGAUCGAAGCCGGAGAAGUGGAUGAAACCUCACAGGCCGUGAUGCUACCAGUCCUACGAAGCUGUCUCUCACAAGUCCAACAACUCGAAGAACUUUUCAUCAAGGCACUACCCCGACCCGGCGGCUCGUCGUGGAGUCGCGGCAAAAAGGCCUUUAUCGGCGUGAUCAAAGAAUCCGAAAUAGAAAAGAUCGAUCUCAUCCUCAAAACCAAUUUCGAUCUCCUCGUACACUCCGGAAUGUACCACUCGAUGACCCGGAUCGAGAGGCAAGAUCAUGCCGCGCUACAACAGCAGAUGGUUAAUGUGGUUAUUUCACAGCCACCGGCAUACACGCCUGCAGAGUACGAUUAUAAACCCAGAUCAGAUUCAGUCUGGUCACAGGCGCCUUCAGCGUCUGUAUUUAUGGUUCCAUUUCAACGAGAUCCGAAAUUCCUAGAGCGCCAGUCUAUUAUGGAAAAUAUAGUAUCUAAAUUCGAGAAUCAACGUCGUGUUGCACUAGCAGGACUUGGUGGUGUCGGCAAGUCGCAAAUUGCCAUCGAAUAUUGUUACCGAUUCAGAGAACAACAUCCCGACGCGCACGUUUUCUGGAUAUACGCAGGGAGUCCCGUCAGAUUCGAACAAGGCUAUCAGGAAAUUGCGAGAAGACUUGCUCUUCCAGGCUGGGAUACUGGCAAAGUCGACAUUCUGAACCUGGUCCACGAAUGGCUUAGCGACGAGCGCAACGGCGAAUGGCUCAUGAUUGUGGAUAAUGCAGAUGACGCUACGGUAUUCUUCGGCAACAAGCUUGGCAAUAACGCUCAAGAACGAAAGGCUUCGAAACCCUUGGUGCGCUAUAUUCCGCAGAGUUCGACGGGGUAUAUCCUCUUCACGACGAGAGAUAAACGGGCAGGCGAGAGGUUGUCGGGUCGAGAGAAACCGAUUGAAAUUUUCCCGAUGAAUGCGACGGAUUCACUCAAUCUGUUACGGGGGAGAAUCCCUGAAGAGGAAUGGUCGGAUCCCAAUGCCAUCAAACUAGUCGAAGAACUCGCCUAUUUGCCGCUGGCCAUUACGCAGGCGGCAGCGUUCAUCAGCGAGAACUGUCUGACCGUCUCUGAAUACCUCGAGCUACUAGCUACAGGGGAGGAAGAUCUAAAAGAUCUCUUGAGUGAAGAUCUCGAAGAUCUGCGUCGAGACUUGGACACCGAGAACUCGGUGAUACGCACUUGGAAGCUUUCAUUCGACCAAAUCUCUCGAGAGAAAGCGCGCGCAGCACAGAUCCUCUCCCUGAUGGCGGUAUUGGAUCACCACCGUGCACCACGAAUGCUUCUCCGCAAAGAAGGAGAGACGGAGGUUGGAUUCCGGACGGCACUGGGUGCCCUGCAAGCAUUUUCCUUAAUCAGCGCUGAAAAGGACAAAGAUGCCGCCGUGCGGAUGCACAGGCUAGUAGCACUUUCCACGAAAAAGUGGUUGGAACUUACGGGCAUGCUUCGGCAUUGGCAGACCGAGGCACUGAGAGUUCUCUCCGUCAAGUUCCCCGGUCGAGAUAGCUACCUUUAUGAGAAUUGGCCGGUUCUGGAGGCAUUGACGCCCCAUGCGCAAUUAGUCUUCUCGUAUACCUUCUCCACGGCUGCGGAUCUGCUCGAGUGUGCCAAGCUCUUGGAUUUCGCCGCGUUAUACGAUUUGACUAAUGGGAAAUAUGGGGAGGCAUAUGAGAAGUGUCUGAAAUCAUUGGAUAUUCGAGAAAAUUUGCUUCCUGCAAACCACCCCUUGACACUGGACAGUGCGCAAACGCUUGGAGAGACACUGCUUCAUCUGGGCGAACUUGCAUCCGCGAGAUCUAUGUUGCAGAAAGCGGUGACCGGACGAGAAAAGACCCUCGGUGACCUCCAUCCUGAUACAUUGGAGAGUGUGAGCGAUUUGACGAUUACCUUACUCGAGCUUAACGAGCUUGCCGCCGCGGAGGAGACGGCAUUACGAGCCCUACAGGGCAGACAGAAGAUAUUAGGAGAAGACCACCCCGACACCUUUGUCAGUCUGAACAUUCUCUCCAUGUUAUACCAAUGUCAGGGUGAUCUAGAAAGCGCCAAGGAAACGUGCGAAAAGGUCUUAAAAUGGCGACAAACCUCCCUCGGCCCAGAAAACCCCCACACAAUCAUGACCCUGAAUAACAUGGCGGUUCUCCAAUACCGACGGGGAGAGCACGAUCUAGCCAAGAAAACGCUCAUAGCCGUGUUAGCCGGGGAAGAGAGGUUCCUUGGUGCGGACGAGGGUUACGAUAUCCAAGUCAGUCUUAGCAAUUUGGCUCGGAUAUACAGUGAGCAGGGGGAUCUCGAUGACGCGGAGGCAGCGUAUCGGAGGGUGCUCAGGAUGCAAGAAAAGAUCUUCGGGCCGGAUCAUCCGGCGACGAUGCAGACGGUGAAGAAGUUGACUGGUGUGCUAGUGCAACAGGGUGAACAUGAUGAGAUUGAGAUGUUGAAUCAAUGGGCUCAUGGGGAGAAUAGUACAGAGGCAGAGGGAUGGGAAGGGUUCGGUGCUCUUUCGAUGGCGGGUCUUCUAUUUGAUUGA